UCUUCACAUUCGUUGUAUGUAUCCAUUAUGUGAACCACGCUAACAUUAAACGCCGCCCCCACCAUUUAUAUUACAUCUUUCUUCAACCUUUUACCUUAUAUUCUUCACUUUUCCUACCUUCCUCCUACAUAGGGUUCUGUUUUUUUUCUUCUUUCAUUCAAGCACAUACAUAAAAGUAUAUUGAAAAAAAUUAGAAAAUUUUUAAUUUUUAAUUUUAUUUAAAUGGAGAGUUAUUCCAUGUUGUUUCCUUGUCCUCCUUCUUCUAGCCACCAAAUUCCAACUAUUGGUAGUUUUAUUAAUGGUCAAUCCUCAAAUGCAUUUCUUGAUUUGAAUCCUACUAAAAGUGAAAAUAUUAAUCACGAAGAUGAUGAGAAGAGAGGAGAACGGAUUGUUAAUGUUAUUGAUCAACUAGGUGUUAGAAAGAAAGGUGAGAAAAAGGCUAAGAAGCCUAAAUAUGCUUUUCAAACAAGGAGUCAAGUUGAUAUACUUGAUGAUGGUUAUCGAUGGAGAAAAUAUGGACAAAAAGCUGUUAAAAACAACAAAUUUCCCAGGAGCUACUAUCGAUGCACACAUCAAGGGUGCAAUGUAAAGAAACAAGUCCAACGCUUAACAAAAGACGAGGGAGUAGUGGUGACUACUUAUGAAGGAGUGCAUACUCACCCUAUUGAGAAAACAACCGAUAACUUUGAGCAUAUUCUGAGUCAAAUGCAAAUAUAUACCCCCUUUUAAGCUUCUAUAAUUUCUACACAAAAAUGUAGAAGAAACAAGCACACGUGAUGGAACUUCUUCUUUGCCACAUGUUAAUUAGGUCAAUUUGGAGCUCCUAGCUAGUUUAGUUCCUCCUUUGAUACAAAAAUAAAAUUGUCAAUAGAAGUAAACUCUAGUUUGCAUGCCUUAACUUUUUAGACAAUCUUCUUAAUUUGUUCUUUUAUUGGAAUAUUAUGUUUAUUUAUUUUCUUUCUUUUUUCGAGUAAAAUGUUUAUGUCAAUAUCUUUCA